GCGGCAUCUCUCCCCGUCCCUAUCUCUUCGGCCUCCGUCUCCGUCCCACCCGCAUCUCCACCACCACCGUCGCCUCGCCGCCGCCGAUGAUGGCCCGCCUCCUCGCGCAGACCCUAACCCUAGCCCGCCCCGGCCCCUCCCCCUCCGCCACCACCGCCGCGUCCGCCUCGCUCCGCGGCCUCGCCACCAAGGUCGAGGUCAUCGAGAUCGACCUCACCGAGGAGGACCCCGCGGGUUCCUCCUCCCCCGGGUCCCCCGCCUCCUCCCCGUCGGUCGAGGUGGUGGGGAUCCGGCGACUGGAGGAGGCCAUCCACGGCGUCAUGGUGCGGCGCGCCACCCCCGACUGGCUCCCCUUCGUGCCGGGCGGGUCCUUCUGGGUGCCCCCGCUGCGGCGCCCGCACGGGGUCGCCGAGCUCGUCAGCCGGAUCGCGGCCGCCGGCGGCGCGGAGGGGGUCGUCGGGUCCGCGGGCGCCGCGGUCGAGGUCGUGGAGAUCGACGCGCCCAUGACGGAGGAGGAGGCGCUCUCCUUCUCCACCGCGCGGGGGUGGCCAUCGGCAUCCUACUUCGUCGAUGGCAAAUCUCAACAUUCAAAGAAGGAAUCGAGGAAAGGUGCAAAUCAAACUGAUGAUGAAGAAAGCUGAUUGGUUUGUGCUACAUUGCCAGGGGGUCCUACAAGAAAAGGCAGUUCAGAGUUUCAUGACUCUACCAUGACGGAUGUACAUAUGGAUGGCAAGGACCCCAUUGCUGAUAAACUACUGCAACUGCUACCAUUGAUGUUGGCGCCACAUCCAUCCUGGAAGAUAAACCAUUGCAUCCGCUAUUGCUUUGGUUGCAAUGCUGUAAACCUGGUCCGAAGCUCUAGUGUUUAUUGUAUCAACAAGCCCUUGCACCAAGCUUCCGAUUGUAAUAAUAAUAAGCACGGAGAGGGCAGCUGAAUGUGUGCUAUGGUACUGGACUUGGUAGUAGUCCAGUAGCUGGACUCCAGCAUAGGCUCUAGAUGGCUGUUGUUACCAACUACGACGAACAACGUUUGUAAAAUUGAUGUAAGCAUCCUGCCCUCUGAUCCUACGUGUCAUAAACUGUGUUGUAGUGUUGUCGUGUGGACAAGUAAAGGAAUAGGAUUAUCUCCGUUGCUUUUGUGCUCCUACCUGUAUGAUGCUUGAUUGCUAUUUCAGGAACAUAGGAUGAUAUUUGUACAAAAUAAGAAGCGCAUGCGAUGACUAUUUUGGAA